ACUGUCGCAGAAGCAGCAGCAUCACCAUCGAAGAGAGAGAAAAACAACAACCACAGAAUAGGUCGAUGUGGAUGAUGCUUUAGACCACAUAACUGUCCAUUACAAGAUACAAAAGUUACACAACGAUACCGAAUGCUGAGCGAUAAUAAUGACAAAUAUUAGAGCUUAAUCUUCACUACCAACUAAUAAUGUAAGACUUGCUGUGAUCUGCUGCGUUACUCGCAUUAUGGUAGGCUACCGUAUGCAAAAUAAGCGACGAUGAUAUUCCCUGAAUUUCCUGGCAUUUGACUGAUAGCUUGAUUAUUUAAACUUGCUUCAUGUGAUCAUCCGUCUCUUCGUUGCUCUGGAAUGCAUCUCUCCAAGAAAUGCUCCUUCUUCAAAGUGGUGCUCGUUGCCCUUCUCAUCGUGGCGCUCCUGCAGCUCUUCUACCUAUCGUUCUUAUCCAAGUUUCACGGUAAGCAGCAACGCUAUCGUUAUUCCGAGCUUUUCGGAGGAACUGGCAAGAAAAAUGCCCACACCGAAAAAAACUCUAGAAAAGAGCAUAUGCGAUAUUCCCUGUCCACGGGGGGGAUGUUUGACAGCAGUGGGCAGUAUCGUGUGUACAGGAAUCUCAUCAAAAGUGACUUUACAUCGAAUCAAGCGCUUGGUUCAGAAGGCCGGUCAAACGUCCUGACAUUGUGCACGCACACCACCAUCAACAACCUGUAUCACUUGGAAUCCCUCGUUCAAAGGUGGCAAAACCCACUCUCUGUGGCCAUCUUUGCGCACGGGCAAGAUGUCAAGUUCGCCACAGCGCUGGUCUACGCCCUCAGCUUCUUCUGCCCUCAGAUCCAAGCGCUGGUGGACUUCCACUUGGUGUGUCUCUCCGGGGAGUACGCCAGUUUCCCAGAGCACGACCGCGAGCACUUGUCGGGCCUGGAGGACUGCGCCUCGGUGUUCUCGCGCCUCGAGACGCACCGCGACAAGUACAAAAACUACGCCAUCCACGGGAACGUCUCUUACCCCAACAACCUCCUGCGCAACGUGGCCCGCAGCGGCACGGAGGCGUCCUACGUGCUCGUGAUCGACGUCGACAUGGCGCCCAGCACGGACCUCCACCCGCAGUUCCUGGCGAUGAUCGCGCGGCGUCCGCCGGCCGGCGACGAGGUGUUCGUCCUUCCGGCGUUCGAGAUCCGACACGUGCGGAAGCUGCCCGCCUCCAAGCCGGAGCUGGUGCAGCUGUACCAGGUGGGCGAGGUGCGGCCGUUCUAUGAGGAGCUGUGCCCGCGCUGCCAGGCGCCCACCAACUACUCGCAGUGGGUCAACAACCACGCCCGCGACGCGGGGCCGCUGGACGUGGCCUACACGCUGGCCUGGGUGGACCCCUGGGAGCCCUUCUACAUCGGGCCGAGCGCCGUGCCCCUGUACGACGAGGCCUUCAAGCAGUACGGCUUCAACCGCAUCAGCCAGGCCUGUGAGCUCCACGUGGCGGGCUACAGGUUCUCGGUGCUGACGUCAGCCUUCGUGGUGCACCGGGGCUUCAAGGUGCAGGGCGAGUUCCACGCCAAGAAGGACGAGGAGAACAAGCACAACCGGGUGCUCUUCCGCAACUUCAAGGCGGCCCUCAAGACCAAGUACCUGAGCUCCAACCGUCACUGCUAGGGGGAAGGCCAGACGCGUCCUACGUACGGUGUGCGUUUGGGUACAAACUCUGCUCGAUGCAAUGUGAUGUUUUGAGGGUUUUUUUGGUGGGUGAAAGGACUUUAUAGAUUUUUUGAGCGGAUGUAGCACGAAUUGGGUUCUUUGACUUGACCAAUGAGACGACACUCAAAAGGCCAUGUAAUGUGCUGUUUUGUCGGAUCUAUGUAAUUAACUGUGCCGUUUUGGUCACUGUCCGACUUAAAACGCUAAAAAUGACACUCAAAUCCAAAGUAGACACUACAUUGAUACUGACGGGUUGUUUGAGGCCAUUUUGUCGACUAAAAGUGAAACGUUCACUUAAUAAUUUCUUGAUAAGCUAGAAAUAUCCAUUGAUCGGUUUGUUAUCUGCAAUAAUUGAAUUACAGUGCUCUAGGGCAAGACAAAAAAAACCCUCACACACAAGAAGAGGGUAUCUUUGUAUACCUCGGUAUGUUUUGAGCAAUCUGCAGAUAAAACACAUUUUAUAAAAACCUCAAAAACCACAUUGUGGGUCAAUCAUUUAUAUAAUGGAUCCGUCCACUAGGGGGCGGUCAUAUGUUAGACUGGAGGAAGACAGCUAAUCCCACAGAGAGCACUUCUAAACAUAAAGACAUGCUCUGGGAGCAUAGCAUCCCCUGGGGAAGAAAUACUCACUAUUGGAAAUAUGACCUAGAGAUUUUAGGUAACCAUCUUUUUGUACUCCCUGCUUGGAUGUUACAGACCUGGAAAAGCUGGACAAGCUUUGAAAGUUCACUUGAAAAUUGGCUCAAUUUUCAGCUAGUUUCAAGUUUGAGCGGGCCAAGGCCAGUAUAGCAAUGGGCGUUGUGUGUGGGUUCGCCGUGGUGGUGAGCCUGGGUUUACAUACAGAGGAACUCGCUCCCUCGUUACACAAGACCUCAUUUUGCACCAGCUGUUUGGUGAUUCUGAGGAUGCGGAUCACACUGGAACAUAACUGCCAGCACGUUUGAUAAGUGUUGGUGUGAAAAGCCUGGAGGUAGUUUUCUCACUUAGGUCACUUGUAUGCAAACGGUUGGGCAAUGUAGCAAGCCAAAAAUUAAGACGUAUACUACUGAUGUAUAUUUAAAAGAAGAUUUAGAGUGAAUUGUGGCAUUCUGGGACAUUUCAAUUGUCAAGGACUGCUGAGAAUCAAACAUUUCAAACUGUUGUAUUUAAAUGUGUUGGUUUGGACAAAUUACAUAUUAUUUAAAAACCAAAUAUCUUCAACGGUGUUGUUAAAAAAAAUAGAAACAGAGUUGUUAAGUACAGUGGGUUUUAAAACAAUUGUAUCAGGCCGUCCUACAUGUAAUUUGAUUUUAGUUACAUGACCAUAUUUAUAAAAUAUUUGCUUGAAGUUAAAGUGUGAAAACAUGGGUGAGGUUAUGUUAUGUUGUGGUUGGGUUAGAGAAUACAGGUCCUUCUAUGCUUGUUCAUUGUGUUUGCUAUGAUAGAUUUAUAAUGUGAGCAAUGUGAACAAUUUUAUUUCUAACUGGAGAAUGACCUUGUGACUUCAAUUUUUUUCAUUUGCAAAUGAUUAUGAAAAAUUUAGCAAUAUAAUAUUUGGUAUGCAAAAAUAUAAACUGCUAAUGUUUUGUUUUCACUUUGUUUCAACUUCACCCUGGAAUGUUAAAGGGAAAUGAACAUUAUCUUUUUCAUGUUAUAUUCAGCUUUUCUUUGUUCUACUGUUAUGAGUAUUCUUAGUGUUUGAUUUCCUGUGCACACCCUUGAUAAUGCCUGAUUCGUACCGAUUGAAUUUUGAUUAAACAAAAUAACUUUUACGUGA